UAACUUUCCUCUUAAAAGUGUCACGCAUCAACCUCUGCAGAGACUGCUUCUGUGGUCCUCAUCCAUGUCCUCAUCCAUGUCCUCAUCUUUAUCACAGAUGUCCCGAUACGUUCAUCGAGUGACAGGAGGAAGAUGGUGAAACUGUCCUCGCGCAGAGAUAAACAUGUGAAGUGACAGGGCCUAGUAUGAGGUUGCACGUGAAGUCUAUAGGCCUAAGAAACUGCUCACUCAGUAAAGUCUAUGGGAUAUUUGCACCUGAUUUCGACACCCAUAAGCUGACAGAGUAAGUGAAAGAAAGUGCUAAACCACCAUGACUCCACAUCCAGUGGUUCAGGCUGCCAUCGACCUCUCUGCAGGAGCCAUAGGGGGCGCUGCAUGUGUCUUUAGCGGUCAGCCUUUGGAUACUGCCAAGGUCAAGAUGCAGACCUUUCCCACAAUGUAUCGAGGCUUUAUCCACUGCAUCGUUUCCACCUACAGACAAGUGGGAGUGAAAGGCCUGUACCAGGGCACCACUCCAGCACUUAUGGCCAACAUAGCUGAGAACUCAGUGCUCUUUAUGAGCUAUGGCUUCUGCCAGCAGGUCAUCCGCUUUGCUGCUGGACUGCACAGUGACACUGUCCUGAGUGACACGCAAAAGGCCUGUGCGGGCUCUGUGGCCUCCAUUUUCUCCUCUCUGGUGCUCUGUCCCACUGAACUUGUCAAGUGUCGCCUGCAAGCCAUGUAUGAGAUGGAGGCCUCAGGGAAGAUCACAAAAAGCCAGAACACAGUGUGGUCAGUAGUGAAGACAAUAAUGAAGACUGAAGGGUUUGUGGGCUUCUUCAAUGGUCUAACCACAACUAUUGCCAGAGAGGUGCCUGGAUAUUUCUGCUUUUUUGGAGCCUAUGAACUUUGCCGUACAACCUUUGCUGAACGCAUGAAAUGUGACAAAGACGAAAUAGGGGCACUGCCAAUCAUCUUCAGUGGUGGCUUUGGGGGUGGGUGUCUGUGGCUGGUGGUCUAUCCAAUGGACUGUGUCAAGUCCAGGAUUCAAGUCAUGUCCAUGACAGGCAAACAAGGCGGCUUCUUCAAGACAUUAAUGACCAUUGCACGCACAGAAGGAGUAAGAGCACUGUACUCUGGUCUCACUCCAACUAUGGUCCGAACCUUUCCUGCCAAUGGAGCUCUAUUCUUGGGAUAUGAAGCCAGCCGGAAAUUCAUGAUGAAACAGUUUGACAGCUAAAUUUGAUGUAGUGAUAAUUAGGAUUUUACUUUAUAAUGUGUUUUUAAACUGUUUAUGUCAAACUGACACACUAUAACUUUUUGUGUUUUUAAAAAGUUUUUUUUAGAUUUUAACUUUUAUCAUAUAAAAGAAAGUGUUACCUAACCCUAACCUUCUUAAAUGAUAAGUCAUAUAAACACUCCAAUGUAUUUUUAUGACUACCUCAAAAAAGUUAUUCGCACAAAUAUUUUUUGUACUUGAUCUAUGCAGGUGCUUACUCAAAUGUAUCUGUGGCGCUCUAGAAUCCAUACCAUUCUUUUCAGUUUUUAUAAUCCUAUAGCCUAUAAAGCGUGUAUUGAAUAAUUUGCAGUAUUCAUUAUGAAUGAAUUGACUGAAAAUAGAUUGUAUAGCCAGUCCUGUAUGUUUUUAUGUGUAAGCUCAUAAAAAAAAUUAUCUGAUCUGAAACCACUCCUAAGUUUUAUUGCCCAAGUAAAGAGCAAAAGCUGCAUUUCUGACUUAACUGUAACUUUUUUCUUGGGAAUUUCUGCCCUUUUAAAUGUACUGUACUUAUUUUAACUAUAGCCUAAUUUACUAUAGUGCAAUCCCAUGUAUGUGUGAAAAAUGACUGGAAUAUUUCAACAAAAGUAUUUUAUUUAUCAUAGUAAUAUGAAUACUGUCAAAAUUCCAGUC